AAAUCGAUUCUCAACGUGAACGUCCGAAGAAAGGUGAGACGAGACCGUCCGCCAAAGGAAAGGCCAGCAUUGGAAGGCGAUUAAAGAAACUAAGCAACGUUAAUGGUGAUUCACAGGGAUCAAAAGAAAACGAAGAUAAAACAAAGUUCAAAGAAUGGAAGUCAAGGUUAAAACCAAAAGGCUCUUUAUGCGUCAGAUUAAAGGUUACCACCUCAGACGACCAAUCGAUAGGUGACGCUCGCGUCACCUGA